AUGUCGCUAUCCUCGACUAUCAUGUUCUUGGCCCUUCCAGCCUCCGUUGCUAUCUACAUUGUCACGACUCUCCUUCGCAUAUUGAUCAGACAGCUCCGGUCGCCCCUGCGCCAUUUGCAAGGGCCGCCCUCAACCUCGCUCUUCAUGGGAAAUCUCCGUGAAAUGCAUGACCAGGAGAAUAACGAUCUCGUCGCACAAUGGGAGAAACAGUAUGGUAGCACGUUUGUCUACCGUGGAUUCAUGCGAGGCUCGAGGCUGAUGACUACCGACCCUGUUGCCGUGGGGUAUAUCAUGGGAAAGGCCUACGACUAUCCGAAGCCGGACUUCAUCAAAGAGACUCUAGCUAAGAUGGCUUCUGGACCGGAGGGGCUCUUGACGGUCGACGGGGAUGACCACCGGAGGCAGAACCCUGCAUUUUCAACCUUCCACAUAAAGUCGCUCAGUCCUGUCUUUUGGGAGAAAGCCGUGCAGCUUCGAGCUAUCUGGGUCGACAUAUGCUUUACGCGCCAGUCUCAGCGUUCCGCACCGCGUCGAAGUACACGUCUCUUCCGCGUAUCUUCUGAUCCAUCUCCCAAGAGCCCAAGACAGAAGGGCCCAAACCCAAUUGAAUUGGACGAACCUGAAGCCAUUUCCACGGCUCUCCCAGACUCAUCUUCGUCGUCUCCUUUAAUUACUUCUCGUCCUGAAAUUCAACGUUCUCUCAUUGAUAGUUUACCGCUAAACGACGUCGGAAAGACGAUUGAUGUCCUAGCAUGGCUUGCGCGCGCAACGCUCGAUGUCAUCGGAGAAGCGGGAUUUGGAUAUGACUUUCGCUCUCUAGAAGCAGCAGCUCAAGGGUCCGACGAUUCAAGCGAGCUUGCCGAAGCAUUUGGAGUUAUUUUUGACUCGGCGCGCAAGUUUCGUGUGAUGACCGUAUUAGCAGCGUGGUUUCCUGUCCUGCGGAUUUUUCGAAGACAGAAUGCCACAAUGCAGCGCGCACAGAAUACUAUGCGCAAAAUAGGUGUAUCUCUUAUUGAAGAGCGGCAAUCUAUGGUUGUGGCAAGUCAGAGCCCUCCCGAAUACAGUAAGGAGAAACCACCUCUGCACGAUCUCAUAACAACAAUGGACGUCGAAAUCCCCGAAACCGAUAAUGAGCGACGGGAUAUUCUCAGCAUAUUAAUUCGUUCUAAUCACUCUUCUCAACCAUCCCGGAGACUUUCGGUGAAUGAGAUGCUCUGUCAAAUAUCCACUUUUAUCACUGCAGGCCACGAAACCACUUCUACAGCAAUCACAUGGACAUUGUACGCCCUCGCACGAGCGCUGGACGUUCAGAGGACACUUCGUAUGCAUCUACGAACCAUACCCCUUCCCCCCCCUUCUGCCACUACUCUCACGCCCGAGACGUUCGACGCCAUACUCGGCAACUCGUAUCUCGACAGCGUGGUACGCGAGUCUCUGCGACUACAUGCGCCGGUGACAUCUACCAUGCGCGUCGCGAGCACAGACGACGCCAUCCCCGUCGCACAGCCAUUCCGCGACCGCUAUGGCGGCAAGUGCACCGCCAUACACGUCCACCAGGGAGACAUUAUCACCAUCCCGAUCCAAGCGCUCAAUAAAAGCAAGCAUGUCUGGGGAGAGGAUGCGGAUGUGUUCCGACCAGAACGGUGGAUGGACGAGACAGAUCGGGAUGUACCAUUUCAAGAUCACGACGGCAAGCCAGGACGCGGACAGAAGUCGGCGGGCGCCCCAGGAUUAUGGGGGAAUAUGCUGACGUUCGGGAAUGGUAAUUCGAUAAAUGGAAAUCGGUCGUGCAUUGGAUAUCGUUUGGCCAUUAACGAAAUCAAAAUCUUCCUGUUCGCUUUGCUUCGAGAUAUCGAAUUCUCUAUAGAUCCAUCUAUUGAAAUUGACAAGAAAGUAAACGUCGUCACUCGCCCCGUUGUCAAGUCUGAACCUCAUAGAGGAAACCAGAUGCCUUUACGAUUACGACACAUACCACCAGACGCUGAUGACCGUUAG